AUUUUACUAAAACAUGAAAUGAAAAAGAAAUACUUUUUUCAAACUUUCAAAUAUAAAUUCAUAACAUGUCUAACAGGAAAUAAAAAAAACAUAACACAAAUUUGUUGUUGCAAUGGACAACAUGAGUGUUUGCAUUUCAACACCAAUUUACGAUUUCGCAUAGAAACAUCGCCGAUUACAGAACAACACAUCGACUAGCAACUUGUUUUGAAGAGCUAAAUAUUUUAUCAAGACUACGAAACACAGAAUGAAAUUAGUUGUUGUUAUAUUUCUCGCGCAGGUCAUGGGUUUUCAACCAAUACAUAAUAGCACCAAUUUUAAUAAAACUGAAUACAAAAACAUAAUGGCGUAUUACAAAGAACCAUGCAGUACUUCACACAUUCCCAGCUUUCAAAACACUCAAAACGCGACAUUUAUCAUCGGAGGUAUGUUUCCCAUUCACAUAAACAACAAAGGCCGACUUAUUUACAACACAUUCGCCUUAAGUUGGGUUGAAGCAUUUCAAUUCGCUAUACACGAGAUCAACAAUAGCACAAACUUGUUACCAGGAUCAAAAUUAGGAUUUCAGAUAUUCGACAGUUGUAACGUAAUGUCGAUAGCACUGGACGCCGCUUUACAGAUGACACAAACUUUCGGGGGCGCAAAUUCAAACUGGUCAUGCACGUGUAACAGCCGAAAACAAUCAAUCAUUGCUCUAGUGGGGGACGCUGCAUCGUCAACGACGACAAAAAUUGCGGCCACAUUGUCAGCAUCAAUGACUACACAAAUAAGUUACUCCGCAACGACGACAGAGCUUAGCAACAAAAUACUUUACCCUAACUUUUUACGAACGAUUGCACCAGACAAUCAACAAGUAUCCCUUGUGGUCGAUUUAAUGCGACACUUUCGUUGGGACUAUAUCAACAUUAUAGCUUGCGAUGACAGUUACGGUCUUGCUGGCUUCAACGAGCUUCUGAAACAGAUGACUCGCUACAACAUAUGCGCUGCCAACAGCGACGUGUAUGAUAUAAAAAACGACAACAAGUCCAUAUAUACCAGCAAAGUUAUUCGCAAAUUAAAAAAGGAGAGAGAGGCCACAGUUAUAGUGCUGUGGUGUCAAACACCUGAAGCAAUAAAAGUUUUAAAGACCGCAGAAAGAUUGAAGUUACAUAACAGAACAUGGAUAGCUACAGAAACAUAUGGAGCUGCACUGGAGUUACUUGAGAUUGAUCAAAAAGUGGUAAGAGGCUUGUUAGGUGUCACGCCAAUACAGCACGAAUACCAUCCGUUUAUUGAACAUUUAAAAAGCAUUACUCCAAAAACCAAUCACAAAAAUCCGUGGUUAAAAGAAUAUUGGAUGAAAAAGAAAAAGUGCACAUAUUUUAGUCCAGCCAAUUAUACAUGUAGCGACAGGGAGACAAAUUUAAGCGAGUUACCGACAAGUAAAUCUAUCAAUGUUCUCAAUUCUGUCUAUGCUAUAGCUCAUGGCCUACACUCAUAUCUUUCAGAGGCAGGGCCUACUAUAAAUGAUGAAAUAGAUCGAGAAGCAUUAUUACAUCAUAUACAAAACGUUGACUUUUUAGGUAAACACAAUCUCCCAGUUUCGUUUGAUAAACACGGAAAUCCUAGUAUUACGUUCUACGCAAUUUCAAACUUAAAAUACAAUAAAACUUCAAAGAAACUAUUCCAUCAAAAGAUCGGCACUUGGAACUCGAGAAACCGAUGCGUAUUAGUAGAAAAGAAUUUCAUAGAGUUCGCUAAUCAUUCAGAUAAAACACCGCUCUCUACAUGCGCUGAAAAUUGUAAACCCGGAGAGGAAGGUUUGGUUUUCGGUAACCGGCCAUGUUGCUUAAAAUGUGUUAAAUGCCAGGCCGACCAAGUGCAACCUGAGUACGGAAAGAGAUAUUGUAUACGCUGCCAGCAAGGUACUUUACCGAAUAGAAACCAAACAAAGUGCAUUAAACCCAUUAUAACGUCAUUCAAGCUCACUAGCACACGCGGAGUGGUGUUAAUUGUAUCCAUGGUGACGGGUUAUGUGAUAAUUCUUUUCAGUAUAGGCGUAUUUUACGUAAACCGAAACACACCUAUAGUGCGAGCGUCAAACAAGAGUUUAUCUAUGCUUCAGUUAGCAAGCAUGCUAUGUAUAUUGUCGCUGCCUUUCUUAUGUUUCCAACCACAACCUUCUGCACAACAGUGUCGCAUUCGAUUGUAUCAUUUUGUAUUCUUCUACACUGUAGCUAUCUCGGUGACGUUCACCAAAGCUGAUCGCUUGUUGCGUAUAUUCAAAGCUUCGAGAACAGGCAUUUUAGCCAAAAGAAGUAUUGUUAAAGGAAACACUGUACAAUUUAUAGCUGUAGCCGUUCUUACAAUAAUCGCUGUGUUUUUAUGUACUGCGACAUAUCUUUCGGUUCAACCAACCAUAAUGGCGGCUACAACGUACACGGACCAUGACGACAUUCACAUAUUGUACUACUGCAGUGGACAAUAUCAUCGUGUUUUAAUCGUACUGCUCUUUUAUAUCGCUAUCAUCGCCCUCAUAUGCGCUGUCUACGCUUUCAAAGCUCGUAAACUUCCCGAAACCCAUAACGAAGCUCGAUACACAAGCUUCGCCAUGUUUACGUUUUUGUUAAUUUGGAUGAUGUUUAUCCCAAUUUACUUUAGCACAUCUUCAGAAGUGGAUCGGCUCGUUAUUUGGUGUGGUGUUUCGUUUACAGCCAUCAUGGUGAUCUACUUCGCGAUGUAUUUUCCAAAGCUGGUCGUGAUUUUGUUCAAACCGAAAAAAAAUACGGCGGAGCUUUUUCGCCAAAAAAUAAAAAACAGUGCGAUAUAAGUAAACAGUAUGAAAUUGUCUUUUUAGUGAUAACUUUAUUUGCCAUAAUUACAUGGAAAAAUACAACCCAACAC